CACUUAUCUCUUUUACAGCAUAUUCCAGGAGAUGAGAGUCAUAAGGAAGUGGUUUACUUCUCCUUUUCAUCUAUAUAAACCUCUGUGAAGACAAAAAUUCUGCAGGUGAGACAAGAUGGAGUUUGGAUUCGUGAUAUUUUUACUCAGCUCUACUCUUCUGGGGCACAGCUCCGGAUUCACAACAGAUUAUGAACCUACAACAGAUGCAGAAAUAACUACUGCAUUGUUAGGGCCAGUGGGCUCGUGUAGUGGACACUUCACUGAACGAGCAGGAGAAUUUGCGAGCCCUCAGUACCCAAACAGAUACCCACACUACGCUCACUGCACAUGGAGGAUCCAGAGCCUGGAAAGGAAAUUCAUCGUCCUGAGAUUCCUAUAUGUCGAUAUCGAGGCGAGUACAGGCUGCAGGUACGAUGCUGUGCAUGUGUAUGAUGGUCCGUCUGCUUCGUCUCCAUUAUUGGGAAGUGUGUGUGGAUCGCAGAAGAGGUCUUUCAGCUCGAGUGGGAACAAUCUCACCGUGGUUUUCGCCAGCGAUAACACCGGUAAUGGCGGGGGAUUCGUCGCACAGUGGGUUUUCACAGGUGAGUUAAUUACAAAGUACAGUUCAGUUCUUUAGUUUUAGAUCUUUCUU